CUUCAGCGGUUGAAUUCGACUGCUCUAAACUGCUCCGACACGGAGUGCGCUUUCGUUGAGACCGGACGACAUCUCUUUUUCGACUGCCCCUGCACAGCGGCACUCUGGCGAUUUAUCCAGUCGGAUUGGGCUUCGUUCAUUGGCGAUGUUACGUGGCACCUUAUCUCUGUUCCCACCGAGCCACCGUGGAGUACUCGAGCUGAGCCUUUCAAACCUGAACUGUUCUCACUUUGGAUGAUCAUGCGGAGCAUUACCAUUCACGUAAUUUGGACGACGCGAAAC